CAACUUGAAAAAUUGCUUGUUUUCAGAUAGGAUGACUAGCUCGUCGUUAGUUCCAAUCAUAUCUGAUAAUGAAGAUGAAGGGAACCUUGAAGAUGACCCUGUGGAUCUUGAACCAGCUGAAAUUUUUGAUGAUGUGUUUCCAACUGACAAUGCAUCUGCAGAACCAAGAAGAAAGAAAGUGACACUACUUGAUCAUUUUAAAAGUGCUUCCACUACUGAAAAUGAGGAACAGAGUACUUCCACCACUGAGGAGGCACAAGAACACAGGAAUGCUCAAAACAAUACUCGUGUGAAAGAUGGUCCGUCACAGAGUACCAGUGCACAGUCAGACUGCACCUUGACUCCAGAGGAACAAGCUAUGGUUGAUGCAUCCGGAUCACUUGUGUGGAAUUAUUUUUCAAAGGACGGAAAGGACUCGGCCAAAUGCAAAAUUUGUUCUGUGGUGAGGAGCACUCCAACAGGAACAACUAAAACUCUGAUCGUUCAUUUAACUAGUCAUCAAAAGCAAUAUAGUCAGUAUUUAAAAUUAAUGAAAGCGAGGAAACAGAUUCAAGAGGAAAAAAAAACUGAAAGGAGUUUACAUGAUAAACCACAACAAGUUGUGACUCUGAAAGGAAGGUUUGGCGUACUCCCCUCUUCUUCUAAACGCUCUAAAGACUUGACAAGGGCUGUAGCACUUUGGCUUGCGAAAGGACUUCAUGCAUACUCUGAAGUUAACGAGCCUGGGUUCCGUCUUCUCAUGUACACAGCUGAGCCAAGGUAUGUUGUGCCACACCGUACAACCUUUUCAAGAAGCAUUAUCCCCAAAUUAUACCAGGAAGAAAAAGAAAAACAGAGAAAAUUCAUUGAAAGCAUACUGGAUUUUAUAGAAUCCCUUACAAUUACUACUGAUAUGUGGUCAUCAAGAGCACAAGAUUCAUUUUUGGCUUGCACUGUCCAAUUUAUAGUGCUCAACUUAGCACAAAGUAAAUUUGUUCUCAAGCAUCUCACCCUUGAUUUGAUUCCAUUCCCUGGCUCUCACACAUCAGAUCGGAUCUGUGAGGCAACUAUGGAAAUGGUUCGCAAUAUAGGUGUAAAUUGUGAAGAGGUCAAAGUUUACAUCAUUACUGAUAAUGCAUCUAAUAUGGUAGCUGCCCUAGCAGAGCCCAGCCUGCAGAAAUCUUUGAACCCAAAAAUUGCACCUAUUCUCAGAGAAUCUAGGGAGUGGACUGAUCAUUUACGAUGCACUGAUCAUACGCUGCAGCUUGUAAUAGGAGAUGCCAGAAAAGAAAUCGGUUUCAAUACUAUCAUUGAGAAAGUGGUAUCCAUAGUGAACAGGUACAGCUAUAGCAAUGUUGCCAAGGAAAAUUUGAAGAAAAAACAAGUGGAAACUAAAACAGUUCAACACUCUCUCAUCACACAUGUUGCAACUCGGUGGAAUUCCGAAUUUCUUAUGAUGGAUAGGUUCUUGGAACAGAAGACUCCAAUUACAUUGGAGCUAUCUGAUGCUGGAGAAGAGAACUUGACUGCCCUACAAUGGAAAAUGGUAGAAGGGUAUGUUGAAGUUUUAAAACCAAUUGCAAUGUUUACUGCUGACUUGGGGAGUACCAAGCAGCCAACACCGUCCAUGGUAAUCCCAGUGGUAUUUGAAAUCAAGAAUUGUUUGGAGGAUUUUAUCAAGAAUCCCUCGAAUAAAGGGACAGGAGUCACUUUUGCAAGGGCCAUUUUGAAACAUCUUAACAUAAGAUUUAAUGACUCUGACUAUCUGGAAAAUCCCCUGUACCAACGGGCAACACUUCUUGAUCCACGAUUUAAGGAUCUUCUGAUAGAGGAUAAAAGUAAAGCAGUCAAUUUACUUGUAACAGCUGCUAAGGAGAAAUACAGGCAGAAUGUCAGAAGAGGCCGUGUUGAGGCCCAGUCUACACUUCAAUCUGAUCCUGUUGAUGCUCCAUCUGAGCCUCAUGCCAAGAAAAAAAAAUGGGGCCACCUCCAAAAAAUUCAAAGGACUGUUGACUCAGAAAUAUUAGAUGUCACCAACAUCAUCCAAAAUGAGGUAAAAACGUACCUUGCUAUGCCUCCCAUUGAUGCUGACAAGGGAGAUGCUAUAUUGUGGUGGGAGUUAAAUAUGAAAACCUUCCCACAUCUUGUUGGCAUUGCUGCAGAGUACCUUGGCAUCGCAGCAACAGAAAUCCAAAGUGAAAGAGAUUUCUCUACAGGCAACGAUGUAGUAACACCAAACCGUACCAAAGUUUUGACCCAGCAUGUGAGACAGAUGGUGUUCUUGCAUCGGAACUUAGAAGUACCUACUGUACCUGACCAUACUGUAGCAUCACCAUUCCUGGACUCAUCUGAGCAGUGA